UUUCACUGUACAUGGGAGGAUCAGACAUUUCGUUUUCAGCUGCAUACACAUCUGAGCUCUCGAUUUUGUCUUAUCGAGAUUUUUCUCUUCCCAGUAAACAGGAAAACGGUUUGGUUUCGAAAUUCUGCAGAACUAAAAGCUUAUAAUCAACGAAAAGUCAUGGCAGUCCAACAGCAGGUUACCACCGUGGUGUCGCAUUCACAAUACAGUUCUGGCACCUGGACUACAGGCAUCUGUGACUGCUGCUCUGACAUGAGCACUUGCUGUUGUGCCCUUUGGUGUUUCCCGUGUAUGCAAUGUCAGACUGCUUCUCAGUUUGGUUGGUGUUUCUGCAUGCCCCUUCUGGACAUCUGCAUGGUCGUCUCUUGCUGCCUUCGCAGCAAGAUGAGAGAGCGCUACAGCAUUCAUGGCUCAUGCUGUGAUGACUGUUGCACUCUCUGUUUCUGCUACCCCUGUGCCUGGUGCCAAAUGUCACGUGAAAUUAAGAUUCGUGCUCGAUCUGUCUCUGGUGCCACUGUUGUCACUCAGCAGAUUACUGGCUAGACAAUCUCAUGAUGUAUGAAAGUUUAAAUUUGAAAUCUGUUCAUUCAGAAUGUAAUCGUCGUUGCAUAUUUUUCAACUUGAUUUUGUUUUCAAAAUUUUUGAUCACAAAAUAUAUAUAUAUAUAAAACAUAAAUAUACAUCAGAAUAACUUUACCUUUACUGCAAAAUCAAUCAAUAUCGAUGACUUUUUUUUAUAUCACUUUUGCUUUGCAUGAUCCUUUUAUACCAUGUUUAUAAUUUGAUAAAUAAAGCAUAUAGCCAGUGCAUUUAUUUUAUUUUUUAAUUA